GCGAGUCACAUGUCAAUGAAAAGGGCAGAUUAGCAUGACAAAACCUUACCUGUUAGCACUAUAGCUAAGUACACAGCCAAAACUUACAUUAUAUGAACAGAUUUCACUUUACGAAUUAACUAUAGAGCUUUAGGGAGGAAUUUCUUCAAUAUGUUGGAUUAAAUUCAUUAAUAUAGAGGGAAAUAUGAAGUUAUAAGAAAUUUUAACGCAGAAAAAACAGGUUUGACAGAUAAACAACCUUCAGGAUGAGUGUGGAGAAGUUUGAGAUUAGCCUAGAGCAUGACAUCGAUGAGCAAUACCAGUACCAACCGGGUGAGACAUUACGGGGCGCUAUCACCAUACGCCUCGCUGGAACAAUUCGUGUCAAAAUCAUUCAGAUUCAGAUCAAGGGAGAAGCCAGUGUCAGUUGGGAUAUGGAAAAUGUGGAGCAGUCUGGGAUGGAACAAUUCCGCUCCGAGCAAACAUAUGUCGAUGUUUCGCAACCGUUAAUUACAACAAUAGAUGGCGAGAGUAUGGUUCUGGAUGAGGGUAAUCACGCAUUUCCAUUUGAGUAUGAACUUCCAGCAAAUAUUCCAUCUUCCUUUAUAGGCAAAUAUGGUAGUAUCACAUACGUUGUCAGGGCAACCUUGAAAGAAGCCCAACAAAUAGGGCUCGGGACUCUCAUCACGAGUGAACCAUUCCUCGUAUUGAGGACAUUAGACUUAGCAAGGGACACAAGACUCCUUAAACCGAUUUCUGAGAAGAUAGAAAAGAGAUUUUGGGGAUUUUGUAUAUCUGGCAAGGUAUCUGUAUUCAUCAGAGUAAAUCGAAGAGGACACGUCCCCGGUGAAGAUAUUUUCAUUGAUGCUGAUAUCACGAACAGUAGCCCAAGGAUUGUUAGGGCCCUCCAAGCCUCACUUGUAAUGCGGAGUGAAUUUCACGCCAAACGUAGAAUGCGCGAAUUUCAACAGGUCGUUAACAGAAAACGAGAUGAGUGGGAAAUGACCUCUGGUGAAGGUCGACGAUGGCGGAAUGUUCGUCUCACAAUCCCGCCAUAUAUCCCAGAAUCCCUUCUGUCAGGGUGUGACAUUAUGGAGAUUACUUAUGAAUUAGUGUUCGUUGUCGAAAUAUCCGGCGACAAGACUCUAAAUCUUGUAGUCCCUAUUACUAUUGGAACCGAAGGCAGUUUAUUACGACGUGGAACUUAUAGGGAUGAAGAGAACAAUAUAAAGGAGCAUACGGAGGAAAUUCCAGGUCAAGAAAGACACACCAAGGCUAACCCUCCAACAGCUCGUGUGUGGAGAAACACGACAGGUCCAAAUAAACCACCUAAUAUGAGCACGGUAGAGAGCAGUAACGAUGUCAGACAGCAAGAAAGAGUCAACAUAAGCUCAACUCGGAAAAAGGGUGAGCCUCGUGUUGAAAUUGGAGGAAUGGAUGAAAAUGAGCGGACAUUUAGUGCUGAAUUUGGACCAAUUGAACUUGGACAAUUUGAAUAUGGACAGAAUGAGGAUCCAGAUCUUGAAUUUCCAGUUAUGGAAGAUGUGACGACGGUAAAUCCUCUGAUGACAGGUGACUAUGAAGAAAGUACCCAAACCCAUGAGAUUACACAUUUAUAGUGACACCUAUUGGAGAAAAUGUUCCAGAUCUUUCAAUUACACAUUUAUAGUGACAUCUAUUGGAGAAAAUGCACCAGAUCUUUCAAUUACAUAUUUAUAGUGACAUAUAUUGGAGAAAAUGUUCCAGAUCUUUCAAUUAC